AUGGACCAGUUUUGGGUCCCCGAGGCCGAUAGGACUGUGCCUGAGAGACGCCGUUGGCACAAUGUCGAUUUGAGCCUGAAUCCUGGUAUCUACAUGCACCGACCAUCUCCAUUGGAGACCACGGAGCCACCUACAACCCGAGUUCCUGCAGCCCACCGCGCCAACCACGCCCACCACGCCUACAACCAGCGCAUACAAGGUCUCCAUCAACCAUCCGUCCCCACGACUCGUGAUCCGAUCGAGGCCCUGUUUAGUUACGACUUGAGCGGAAGAGAUCUCAUGGCUGAAUGGAACCCUUCCGAGGCUGCAGGGGCAAAUGGUUCCACAAUCGAGAACAGCAUGAGUCGCAUUCCUCCCUCGUGGAAGAACUCCCUGCCAACACGGGGGGUAUUGCAGGAGACAAGAGUGAGCGAUUAA